UAUUUUGAAGGUGGCCGGAAGUAGCGUCACCUGAGAAGUUUCAGGCGAAGAAAGUGUAGAAGAAGCUAACGCUAACAUUUGUGUAGAGAAGUCUUGGCUCCGCAUUGUGAGUGAAGAUGGAGCCUGUGUCGGUGUCUGCGCCGGUGCCUGCGUCUUCAGAGCGUAACAUCGACGGCAGCAUUCUGGAGGGAGGUGGACAGAUCCUCAGAGUCGCCGCGGCGCUCAGCUGCAUCAGCGGUUCCGCCAUCAAAAUCACCAAAAUCCGCGCCGGUAGAAGCACACCGGGACUCAGACCACAGCACCUCACCGGCCUGCAGCUCGUCUCAGAUCUGUGUUCUGGUUGUCUUCAGGGAGCCAGCAUCGGCUCCACGGACAUCAUUCUGACUCCAGGAAAGAUCCAGUCUGGAUCCCACACAGCUGACACACAGACAGCAGGGAGUGUUUGUCUCCUGCUGCAGCUCGCUCUCCCCUGUGCUCUGUUUGCUGACUCAUCCUCUCAGUUUUGUCUGAAGGGAGGAACCAACGCUGACAUGGCUCCUCAGAUCGACUACACACUCAAGGUGUUUAAACCCAUUGUGGAGAAGUUUGGCGUCCAUUUUGACUGUGACAUCAGAAUGAGAGGUUACUAUCCCAGAGGAGGUGGUGAGGUUCAGGUGACAGUAAAUCCGGUCAAAGAACUGCAGCCUGUCGUCAUGACAGAGAGAGGAAACAUCGUCAGGAUCCACGGUCGAGCGUUUGUCGCUGGAGUCCUGCCCUACAAAUUGGCUAAAGACAUGGCAGCAGCUGCAGUUCGAACCAUCAGGAAGGAAAUUAAAGAUCUUUACAUCAACAUUCAGUCUCUGCAGGAGAAAGAAAAGGCCUGUGGUAACGGCAACGGAAUCAUAAUCAUCGCAGAAUCUUCCACAGGUUGUUUGUUUGCAGGUUCAGCUCUGGGAAAGAAAGGUGUGUAUGCUGAUAAAAUUGGGAUUGAAGCUGCUGAGAUGUUGUUGAGAAACCUCAGACAAAAUGGCUGCGUGGACGAGUUUUUACAGGACCAGCUCAUCAUCUUCAUGGCGUUGGCAAAUGGAACAUCGCGAAUUCGUACAGCUGCCGUGACACUGCACACGCAGACGGCCAUUCACAUUGCAGAGCAGCUGACAGAGGCAAAGUUCACAAUAACAAAGAGUGAAGAUGAGCAGAGCUUCAUCAUCGAGUGUCAGGGGUCAGGGGUCAGCAACCUGCAGCUGUAGUCACUCACUCACUCAAUCACUCACUCACUCACUCAGGGGGUAAAAAAAAUAAAUGUUUCAACCU